AUAGCAAAGAUGGCUGACUUGGACAGAGAAGCCAAGUCAACUGUGAAUCAAUUGCGUUCAGCAGACAGUCGAACAUCUAGGUUUGGGUUUUUUGUUUAAAAUUAAUACAUAAUAGGUUCUUAAAAUAAACUGAAUGAAAUUUGGAAAAAAACAGUUGUCACUGCAAUAACUUUAAUGAUAAUGUUAUGCAACUUUUAUUUUCAGUAUUAAUUAAUUAUUAAUAUUUAUAUAAUAUUAUCCCUAAUUAUUAAUGAUUACUAAGUAGUAAAGUGAUAAGUAAAGUAAGUACUAAAUAAGUCGUAUUGAAAUUUCUAAUUUUAAUUUUUUUUAAAUCCAGAUCAUUCAAUUUUAAAUAAAUUAUAACUUAUCUAGCUAUGAAAUAUGCAUUACUCAUUAUACAACAUUAGGUAAAUUUUGACUAUGAUUACCACUAUUUUCUCAAUGGCCGCCAUCUUGGUUAACACGUAAGGUGAAGUCAUCUAUCCCUAUGCCUAACCUGAAACCCUAAAUCGAUCCCCAUGCCUAACCUGAAACCCUAAAUCAAUCCCUAUGCCUAACCUGAACCCUAAAUCGAUCCUUAAAAUAAUUUAGUAAAAAUAAACAAAGGGAAGUCACUCCCUGGAAAAUAAGUCAUGGCAAUCGUAACUAGGAUUAGCCCAACAUUAGAUACGACAUGGACCAUGACCAUGGAUGUUUUGUUUACCAAGUAUAGAAUUAUUUUUUAUAUUUGUAGUAAAUAUUACAUUAAGAUAACAAUUAUCUAUAUAAAGCAAGCCUGCACAACUCAAAAUGUAAGGCGGGCCGUAAUACUUUAUAAAAAACUUUUGCGGGCCGAAAGAAAAUAAGACAGGACUUGUGUGGCCAAAACAAAAUAGGACAGGGGGGAAAGCUAUUAAGAAAAUAAUAAGAAUAAAGACUUUGCGGAACACAAAGGGGGUGAUGGGGGGGCCGCAUGCGACCCCCGGGCUGUAUAUUGUGCAGGCCAGACAUAAAGCAUUGUAAGGCAAGGCGUACCUUAAAAAUAACAUUGGUUUUGGACUAGUUAUUUUGAACAACUUUUGCACAUGUCUAAUUAACCCUCGAACUGUGGCAUGCAUCAUUCUGUGGUGUGGAGCUUUACAGAGCUUUUUGAGUGCCUUUUGAAAUUGCAUUAAAUGACAUAGAAAUAUUGAUGGAAGACCCCAAUAAUGAUAUGUUUUUAGAAAGGUAAAUGGAUGGGGAUAAAGUUGGCUAUAUUGCCCACCCCGUAAAAAAAAUUGUGUUCAAUGUCCUUGACCUUGGAAUGCUCAAGAAAAUAAAAAUCGACAAAAUGUCUUGCUUUCAAAUGCUCAUAACAUCAUUAAUUUUUAAUGAUACACUUAAAACAUAAUCUAAAUGUUGUAGCCAAUUCAUUUAUUUAUCAGAAAAUGUAUAGUUUGCUAAGGUUUUGAUUACAAUUAAACCUCCGAAAGCAAUUUUAGUAAUUUUAGGUCAUUUAUGUAAGAAACUGGGACCACAGCUAAAACCAAGUACAAAAUACGAAAUCUCAGGUAAAAUAGUUUUUAUUGACUAGUAAACAUUUAAAAAGGAACUGUGGAACGGAUUUGGGUUGUUUAACUAUAAAAUUUAUUAGUUCUGAUCUAUAAUCUGUAGCUUCUGUGACUAAAAUUCAGUCAGUCCUUACCCAACCUCCGUGCCUGGCUCGGAGUCUCACAGUAGCCUCAGUAGGCCUACUUCAGUAUCACUAAGACUAGUAUCAGAUUCACGAAAAGAAGAAUCUGAAGUGAGAUGUCAUGGAGAAUGUAAAAAUCAUCAUCAGUAUCACUUAAAUCCUCUCCUAAAAGCUUUCAAAAAUAUUUAUAUUAGUUCUCGUACUGAAGGCGCUCGCAGUAAGGGGCAAGGUGGGGCACUCCCCCCCCCCGGAUUGAUUGGACAAAAAUUUUUUAGACAAAAAUAGACAAAAAAUGUAUUAAAGUAAAGAGAAAAUAAAGAGAAAGUAACUAAAUAAAGAGAAAGUAACUAAGCUGAUGUCCUGUCCGUUCGUUCACCAUACCAAUACGCUGCAGUAAAUUAAAACUACAUUUAAAACAUUACUAAAAAAUUUUUACCCCCCCCCCCCCAGGAAAGUUAAUUGAUUUUUUUUGCCCCCCCCCACCCCUAGAAAGUUUUCUGCGGGCGCCCAUGCCCCGGCCAUAGCAUCCGCCAUUUUAGCUUUAAAAAAAAAACGGCGAUAUAAAAUUGCGAUUACAAAGUACUUAUUAUUAAGUUAUUAAGAAACAGCUUGACCCGGGAGUUGAUUUAAUUAUUAAUAAAAGGAAGUGGCUAUGAUUUUGGUUAAAUAUUCGAUUGGAAGUUGCUAUCGGACCGUGUUUUUUAUCGGCCGAUUUUUUCGGCCCCCACAGCACAGAACGAGAAUAUUGGCCAAUUUUGUCGGCCGCCCACAGUCUAAGGGUUAAAUAAAGCUUACUAUUUCUAUGACCAAGUACUUAUUAGUGUUUGCAUAAGGCACAUUCAUUCUAUUAUGAAUCAUGAAUGAAACUAUGAGAAUAAUACUAUAGACUAUAAGUAUAGCACAUGCAAGUGACUGUAAAUGGCUGCUCAUAACAAUGUUUUGCGCACUGCAAAUUAUGAUCAUUUAUCUACUGGGUUUUUAAACCUCAAAUUAAAAUAUUCUGGUUUAAAUCACUUCUAAGUUCAUUCUAAAACACAAGUUAUCAACUAUUUUGAUGUAAAUUAAAAAUACUAAAUGGUGGCAAUAAUUGAAUAUUUUCCAAGUAUUGGCAUCUUAUGCCAUUAAAAAGGGGGCGUGGUCAAAAUAGGGUGGAGAGACCUAAUGAUAAUGCAGGUUACUGGGACUAUCAAAAAAGGCUAAACAGUACUUUGUAAUGCAGGUCAAGAUGUCCCUUAUUCAGAACAUUUGAAAGAAUACCACAAUUUUAUGACAAAAUAGUCCUUUCAUUAUUAAAAAUGCACCAACUUCCAAAAAUUAAAAAUUUGUAUUAUCCUUUGCUGACUCCCAUUUCGCAUAGAAAGUUUGAAGUAGUGUCCCAUGCUUUACAGAUAAUCCUAUUUAUACUUAAUUAGAGGCAAAAAUCCUGGGUGGCCGAGCGGUCUAAACUGACUAAAUCCAAAUGCCAAGACAAGCAAAAACAUCCCACGCACCCAGGGUGGAUGGGACUCGUCCUUGGACAGCAACUCAUCUAUGAGAAAGCAAACUCUGAAUUCAAACCCUGAGCCAGAAGGAUCAAUAAAUUGAUCAUGAGCCCUCAAAUAUAGAUAUAGAGAGAUUACUUAAUGUAAUUUCAUGCAAUUGUUCAGGGAUUUAAUAAAAAAAAUGUUUUAAAUUUGGUAACUGGGGAAGGGAACAAUGUGGUUUGAUGAGGAUUUAAAUUGUCAUCCAAGACUAGGCUUUCCCACAAAUUUCAGCAUAGAAGACAAUAAUGGAAAAUUGGUCAAAAUUUUUUAAGGAAAUAAUAUACAUUAACCAGCAGACUCAGAUGGUCACAACAAUCACAGCAAAUUUAUGUGUCUCUCUUAAAAGAACUUUGUAAUGGGCUGUGGUUAAGAUUUCAGAGUUUUUGAAAAUAUUCAAAUAGUUAGUAUUGUGUAAUUUUUAAUAGUAUCCUUGAUCUGCCAAACUCUAAGCCUGAAAUUUUUUUGGGGCAUCCAUCUGAUAUUUUUCUUUAGGAAGAUAAGCUGGUUCCCCAGACAGCAAACCACCUCUCUCCCUGCAUUUGGUAAACCCAAGGGAACCUCAUGUGUGGAUGAUACAGCUUGGCAACAGUAGCAUUGCAGGAGUUUAAAUUCAGAGUUUUUCUUCUCUUAGAUGAGUUACCAUCCAAAUUUAAUGAUUCCUAUCCACCUGGAAUGCCACUGGUGUUGUUUUUGAUUGACUAAUAUUUUUCUGUGGAUUGAACUCCAGUCCAAAAGCUUGGAAUUGAUGCAGUUGUGACUGUGAAGCCAUCGAGUCUGAACUAUUAAAAUUAAUAUAAGCUAGCAGUUCUGAAUAGUAAAAUGAUGAUCAGAAAUUUAAAAUUAUGGGGACAUCCCAAAUGAUUGAGCAAUCUCUUGUUAUUUUUAUGCUUUGGUUUUUUUAUAAUUUGUCCCAAAUAAAAUGAUUCUUUAAUGAACUAAUAAAUCACUAUAAGGAAUAUAUAGAGAUUAUCUUUGAUUUGAUUGUACAGGUGUCGAUAUUAUAAAAAAAAGUUUAAAGUUGAUAAUUGUCCAGGUCAGUCCAAGAACAAUCUUUGAUAGUAUCUUUGACAAAUCUUUUUUUUCUUUCUAUUUAUAGGUUCAGUCAAAAGGCAAACUUAAAAUCAAACCGUCCCCAAAUACCAGACAAUGCAUGUCUCUUUAGCAAAAGUAAAUCAGAUCUUAUUAGUUAUGAGAACUUACUUGUCAACCAGUAUCUGAGUGAGUUGAGGUACCAGAGAGUAGAAAGUCAUUCAAAUAAAUUGCAGUAAGUUGUUCAGAUUGUAAAUAGGGUAUAAGCCAUGGCUCUAUCUGUAAUAAGGCCUAAAUGUAAACUAAACAAUUGUGCAUUUUCUAUUUUUAUUAAAUGCUUUUCAAAUAUUUUUAUUGAAAUAAUUCAACAUAAAACAAUUUAAUAGGCUACUUUAAUAGAAAAUAGUUUCCAAUAUUUAUUUUUGACAGUUUCUUGUUUAGCCAACAUUUUAAGAACAAUAGCUUACAUUUUUUUUAAAAUCAGCAUCAUCUGAAAAUUUAUCUCAGACAUUUAAUCUCUCCUACUGAUUUAACAACAACCAUCUUCAAACUUUUUCUCAUUUCAGAGCUCCUGUUUCACCUUAUCUUCAAAGACUACAUAGUUCACAAAUUCAACAUGGAAGAAGGAGGUACAGGCCUUCAUCAGCAACAGUUUGUCGACCUUGUUCUGCACAUGGAAAAGCAGAUGGUAGGCGUCCUGAUUUCAAUGCUUUGGAUCAGAAUAAUUCCAAAGCCAUUUGCUGCUGCUCUUGCAAAACAUUAGAGAAACCAAAGAUUGAUGCCAGAUUUAUUGCUGACCCAAAUUUGUGGGAUCCAGCUACACCAAGAGUGACCCGUUUUGCAAGGCCAUCCAGUGCCCCAGUAAAAAGGCUCAGGUAGGAUGAGCUAAUAACAUAAGAAUAAAACGAAAGUCUCAGAUAAAAUUGAGUGAAACAAUUUUUUUUUAAAAUAGUAUUAUCUAUUUACUCAUAAAGAAAAUUAUUUUAAAAUUCAUUCAUUUAAAAAAAAAAAAUAUAUAUAUAAAUCUGUUUUGUUAUUUUUUGUGAUGAACUAUACUUGUAUAAAGAAUUCAUGGUCAUGUGAUUGUUUUCCAGACCACCUUCAGGCAAUACUCAAAGGUUUAGGCCUUCAUCGGGUAAGAUGCACAUAAAACUUUAAGGAAUAAAAUCUAAAAUACCACUAAAAAAUGACAAAAUAUUCAGAUUUUGUAAAAGAGAAUGACUAAAAAAUAUUAACUUUCACAGGACACAAAUCAGUAUACAGAAUACAACCAACUGUAAUAAAAGUAUUAGCCUACAUUAAUGGAUCCAGAGAAAAAUGUGUCCAUUUAGCUGCAUCAACAGUUAAAAUUGUAAGUAUUAAGGUCUAUUUGAAGUCUACUGUGUUUAAACAUCAACAUUAAAAAAAUUCCCAGUAAAUUUAGUAAGGGUAAUCUUUAUUUUCAAUUUCUAUUUGCAGGGAAAUAUAGUGUGCAAUAAUUAUAAUUUUUUUGUAAAUGAUAGGAAUGAAAAUGUUGAUAACUAAUAUUUAUCACUGAUUGUGUCGGCUGUCAUCAAGCUAAAACUUCUCUAUGUAUCUAAAAUUCUAUAAAGCGCAAUGAUUCUAAUAUUUUUAAAUUCUUCAUUUCAAAGCUUUUAGAAGUAGCUACAGAAAAGCUUGGUCUACCAUUUGCUGCAAGAAGAAUUUUUCUUGAAAGUGGUGUGGAAGUCUUCAGAGCAGAAGAUAUUCCAGCAGAGAAUGAAAUUUAUAUUUCUAUGGGAGAACCAUACAAGAAUCCAUACCAAACAACUAAAAGUAAAUAUUUGAGAUUUUUUAAAAAGAGGAAUAGCAAGAUAUUAAAAACUAUUAAAAAAAUUAUAGAAUAUUAGUGAUGUAUCCUUGACUUAAAGAUAUUUUAGUCAUAGACAAUUUAAAAAUAUAUAAAUUUCCACAAUUAAAAACAUUAAACACUUAAAUGAAAUGACAUUUAAAGCAUUUCAGAACUAUUCUUCAUUUACCUUUUAGGCAAUUUUAACCUAAACAGCAUAAGUAUUUUUAAAUAUUUUUUAGGGACAAUGAUUGUACGAAACAGUUCUGUGUGGACCCUCUCUGGAAUAAUGCUAUCAGAGAAGGGAAGAAGAAAAGGAACUAGAAUAAAGAUGUCUAAACGUAUGCGGUAAGAUUGCAUUAAAAAACUUAACAGUUCUUAUUAAAAAGAAAUAUAUUAAAAUUUCUCUUUCCAGAACCUUAGGACAACUUGCCCCAUGCAUAAAUUCCUCUGAUUUAUUCCAAAUUAAACAUGGAAAAAAGCUAGAUUUCUUUCACCACUGUCUGGAUUAAGUUAACGGCCUGCUAAAAGUUUGGAAUGCAUGACAUUAAAUGAAAGACAGAUGAAAUAUUAACUGAAAAAAUCAGAUCUUCUAAUUUAACGUUUUGGUCAAAUAAAUUUAAAAUAUUCCUGUACAGUAACAAAACUUUGAGUCCAUUACUUAACCUGACAGUUGUGUGUACCUAACUUACUCUUGGAUUUUAUUUCUGAACUUAUGACAACACUCCUAGUUAUCAAAUAGUAAACAAUCAUUUAAUCAGUUUAAUUAAAACGCAUAUUGCUUACAUAUAUAUGCCAGGAAAAGGGUGAGGCAAAUGAGCCACUGAGACAGGGUGCCAAAGUAAGGGUGAGGCAAAUGAGCCACUGAGACAGGGUGCCAAAGUAAGGGUGAGGCAAAUGAGCCACUGAGACAGGGUGCCAAAGUGAUGCAAAAUGCUUAUUAGAAAUUAAAAAACAAGACAAAUAGGGGCAAAAAUACCUCUAAGCCUGUCUCUGAUCUAUUUAUUAUUCUGUUAUGUUGGUAACUAUAUAUUUUUAUAUCGCAUGAUACCUAUACUAGAGUUAUAUUAAUAAUUACUUAAAUUUAAUUAAAAUUAAUUAUUGUUGAGAAAAAACAGUUAUAAUAGAUCAACAUCAACUUUUUGGUCUCAUUUCUUAUAAAUUAAACAAUUUAUUGGCAUAAAUACUGUGGAUUUUUAAAAACAAUUAGUUCAACUUAUUCUGUCGUCUUGUGAUGAGGGCCAGGUAUCGAUUUUGUCUUUACUCGAUCUAUCGGCAGCUUUCGAUACGCUCGACCACGGCAUACUGCUCCAGCGUCUGCAACAAACAUUCGGUCUCACUGAUACCGUCCUGUGUUGGUUCCGAUCAUAUUUGACUAAUCGGGUGCAGUCAGUUAUUUCAAACGGCUUGACCUCGAAGAAAUCUAAUAUCGAAUUCGGAGUACCCCAGGGCUCGGUCCUAGGCCCGAUGCUUUUCACGAUGUACAUUCAGCCCCUGGGUGCAGAGAUCAGGCAGUUUGACAUGUUGUAUCACAUGUUUGCGGACGAUACACAACUUCAUCAAUCCGUGAUCCCUUCUCAGUUCCCUCAGCUGCACAGUGUGACACAGAAGACAAUGGAGUCGGUUAAGCACUGGAUGACCACAAACAAGCUCAAACUGAAUGAUGAUAAGACUGAGCUGCUCCCCAUCACGACCGCUCAGAAGCAAAAAUCUGCAAAUAACAUGACAUCCAUUACUCUCUCAGGUGUGCGUAUUGAGUUAGCUCAAACAGUGUAGUACCUGGGUGUCUACCUAGAUAGAAGACUAACUUUUCAAAGUCAUAUUAACAUGCUAUGCAAGGCGAUUUUUCUGGAGCUGCGCAGGAUUAGUCACAUCAGGCCCUUCCUAACAAUUGAUGCAACAAAGAGGCUGAUGUCUGCACUGUGCUAUCACGCAUGGACUAUUGCAAUGCUCUCAUGGUGGGUCUUCCAGCUAAGCUCCUGGAUAAAAUUCAAAUAGCACAGAAUAAUGCGGCUUGCAUCGUUCUCCGCAAAAGCAAAUUCGACCAUGCAAAAACACUUCUGAGAGAGCUGCACUGGCUGCCGGUGCGUGCUCGCAUAAAGUACAAAAUCGCAACUUUGUGCUACCGCUGCUUACAUGACCUAGCGCCGUCCUAUCUGAAAGAGCUGCUGAUGCCUUAUGUACCCACUAAGAGAGCUCCGCUCAUCCGAUAGUGGCAAACUCUCGACACCACGUGUUUGCCUUGAGACUUACGGAAAGCGCACUUUCGCAUUUGCUGUUCCAACAAUUUGGAACGCCCUUCCUGUCAAUCUCAGAAACAACCAGACACUGGAGUCCUUUAAAACCAAUUUAAAGACACACCUAUUUCGCAAACACCUUCUGGGAUGAUUGUCUACCUUAUUUUCCAGUUAAUGCAAAUGGCUGUGUUGCUUGGGGUUGAAAUGGCUAGAAAGACUUUGCCAUUGUAUGCUUGUAAUUAGUUUUUGUAGUGUUGCGUUUGUUUUGAAUAUGGUAAAUUAUAGAUUUGUAUUUUGUUGACUUUGUACCGUGCUUCGAGCCUUUGGGGAUGAAGAGUGUUUUUUAAAUGAACUUUAUUAUUAUUAUUAUUAUUAUUAAGAUGCAUAUAAGAGUUACCAAGACCAUUAUUAUUGAUUUAAGAAACCAUAUUUCAGUAUUUAAAGCACACAACCUUCAUUUACUGUGAAUUCCAGUGCAUUGGAGAGUGAUAAAAUAAGGAUUUCCUUGAUUUGGAACAAGUGCAAAGAAAGCUACAAAAUAACAAGUCAAUUGGGACUUGUUACUAUUUUGGACAUGGUCAUUCAAAACCUCAUAAAAAAUUGCACAAUCAAAGCAAUUAGACUACAAACAUUUGAUUUCAUCUAUAAUAGUCUAAAACAUUUAAAAGAAAAUGAUGAUAUUGUUGAACAUAUUGAAUAAAGAGACUCAAUGACCAGGGCAGGGGCUAGAAUGAUUUUCCAUAGCUUGAAGACAAUUUUAAAUCUACACUAAAUUCUUAGUUCAUCAAAAAGAAAUUGUUACAUUACACAGAACAAAUUACUGAGGCAACAUUGGAACAAAAUGUGUAAAUAUUUAUUUUUUUGAUAUUUGUAUAAUUUUAUACAGUAUUAAUUUUACAGUAUUUUUUUUACUAUAUACUGUAUUUUUUACAAUGAAUUAUUUCUCAUCAAUUAUUGUUCAAAUACUUGGGUAAAAAUAAAGUGAUCUUUAAUUCUUGACACAUGAUCAAAGUCUAUGAAAUCCUGAGACUACCUUAGCAUAUAUUAAAUUUGUCAUUUAGAUGUUAAUCACUUGUCAUUUAGAUGUUAAUCACUUGUCAUUUAGAUGUUAAUCACUUGUCAUUUAGAUGUUAAUCACUUGUCAUUUAGAUGUUAAUCACUUGUCAUUUAGAUGUUAAUCACUUGUCAUUUAGAUGUUAAUCACUUGUCAUUUAGAUGUUAAUCACUUGUCAUUUAGAUGUUAAUCACUUGUCAUUUAGAUGUUAAUCACUUGUCAUUUAGAUGUUAAUCACUUGUCAUUUAGAUGUUAAUCACUUGUCAUUUAGAUGUUAAUCACUUGUCAUUUAGAUGUUAAUCACUUGUCAUUUAGAUGUUAAUCACUUGUCAUUUAGAUGUUAAUCACUUGUCAUUUAGAUCACUUGUGUUUCAGUGAAUUGUGUACGACCCAGAAAGUCAGAAUGAUGAUUUACAAAAAUGGCUGCAGUACUGAACCAUCUGAAGUAGUAGUUGACAUGGAGGAUAUGGACUGGGUAAGUUUUAAAUGAAAAAUUCCUACAUUUUCCUUUUAAAAUGGCAUAAUUGUUUUUAAAAAAAUGUAUAUAGCUAUUUCUUUGUAUUCUCAUUAUUAAGUCUACAGCAAGGGACAAUGACUGUAAAGAUGUUUUUAAAUACAUUUUAACAUUUUUAUUGUCUUAAAAUCAUGGAUAAGAAACCUCUUUGUUCAGUUUGAAAGCUGAAAUUAAAAUGCAUAGAAAUACCUCUUUUUAUUGUGUAUUGGCCAUUGACCUAUUAAACUGUACGGAUAAAUUGUUUGAAGGUAAAAAGAGUUCUUAAACCUCACUGUCUUCAUUUCAUAUAAAUUGAGUAUUAAUUUAAUUUUAUAACUAUGAAAUCAUGGCUUUCAUGUACUGUAGCUGUCUCUUUAUUAACACGAUUUUCUAGUUCUUCAUCCACUGUACAAGUAAACUGAGUCUGACGAGGCAUGCUAAAAUUGCUUAUGACUGGACUGGGAAGCAAAUUACUCAUUUAUCUGAGAGUAAGUGUUGUCAACAUAGAGCACAAUCUAUUGCACAUUAAUGAACUAAUAUUAGGCAUUACCUUGUGAGUUCAUUGCAUUGACAAGCAGACAGUGAUGUUAUUUUAUUUCCUUGUCUUACAUUUCUACAGCCCCUAUUCUUGAUGAUAGUACUGUACAACAUGGGAAAACACCAUUCUUUGGACCAUUGUGGAUCUCAACUGGUGAAGGAUUCAGCCCCUCUGGCACCCAAGGGUUUUUGCUAAUGAUUAAAAAUGCUCUAAAAGAGAAAAUUAAAAUUUUGAAGAGCCAAAAGAAGCAGGUAUUAUUAUGACUGGAAAAUGUUUAAACAUAUUUCAUUACAAAGAGGUCACAAACACCUGCUACUAAUUAUUGUCACGUUUAGUUGUUACAUUUUUUAAACUAUGAUUUUUCUCUCAGAUAUUUAUUUGUGAACACAUUACAUUAAUUCAUGUUGAGAUUUUGAUAUUCCAGCUAGUUAAUCAAAACAAAUCUUAAGAAACUGGAUUCCCAAAAGCAAUUCUCAAGAUAUCAAUGAUAUUGAACACACAAAAAACCCACAACAAACCCAGUCAUGAAAAUGUCAUUCAAAUAAAAAUCUUUAAAAUGAUAAGUUACACUCUGUAUAAUUUUAGAUUGAUUUUGCACUGAAUGAUGAGAAGGGAGAGGUUAAUGACCCAAUCAUCCUGGCUAUGGCUAGUGAUGACCUGUACGAAGCCAGUGAAAAGGUAACUAGCACUAAAUUGUAUCAAUAUAAAUUAAAGAUAAUAGGGAUAAUUUCUAUACAAAAUUUUUUAUCUACAUCUUUCCUGGGAGAUGAAGUCCUAACCAUGAUAAAAAGAGUAUAGCAUAAUUUAUUUCCCAUUUUAAGCAAAUUAAAACUUGAACUUAAUGAUCGUAACAUUUAUAAAUCCUAUAAACCAAAGUGGUGACCAUAUUGUUUGUCAACAAGUCUCUAUUUAAAUAAAACAAGAUUUAAACUUGCACUGAAAGUCUGUUUAGAGAGUACAAAUCUCAAAAUGUUUGUUCAGACUAAAUCUAACUGGUAGCUAGCAUGUGACAACUAUGAUGGGGGUGUACUUAAAAUUAAACAAAAUAUUUUUUGUUUAUUUUAAAAAAUUUAAAAAAAAAAAGACAGAUUGGUCUGCAAUGAGGCUAGGUUUCUCCAAAAUGUUCACUUAUGGUUUUAAAUUUAUCUAUAAAUCUAUUCACUUUUUCUUGUGUACGGUGACAAAAAAAAGAAUUACAUUUCUUGCACCAGAAAAUGUUACUGUUUAUUCAAUCCCUGUAACUUUAUUUUAGAUAGAUGAACAACUUGAAAAAUUUCAAGAAGCCUUGAUGAACAUUCAGGAAAAGCUGAAAGCCUUGAAAGAUGAGGCUUUGAAAGAAGAGGUGAUAAAUACAUUUUUUAAAUCAACUGAGAGAAGUAUUAUUUGUAAUUAUUUACCAAAAUUUACUUAGCUAAAUGCUAAGAAAACAAUAUUUUUAAAGUGUUAACAAAACAUUUGAUAGUCCUAAUCCUUUUUAGAUGUUAGGCAUUUAUUGUAUGUCAAUUAUUUAUAAUUUCACUGCAUUUGGUAUGAGAUAUUCAGAUGUGGUGGAACUUUUCAUCAAUCUAAAAUAAAAUUGAUUACCCGGUAUUAUUUGAUGUUUCAGGAGGCUGGAGUAAGUUACAAGUUUUCACAGAUUCAGGAAAUUGGUGUGGAUGACAGACUUUUGGGCAUCAAGGGAAUAAAACUAAAGGUACAUCCAUUUGUUAUAAUAUUCUAAUAUCCCAAAUUUCUAAUGUUACAAUACCCCAUAAGCAUUAAAGAUAAUUUCAGAUUCUAAGAUGUCAGCUGAUGACAUUCUUUCAUAGGUUUCAGAUUAUGCUCCUUGUUGAUUCAGUAUCAAUAAGAUCAACACUAUUGAAAAAAGGUUUACUUUCAUAUUGCUCUCCAGGUCUUUGAAAAUGGACAUUCCGAUGGAUCCUUUGUUUAUUUUUUUAAUCUCCGUGAGGCCAUGAAAGGUGCCGAGAACAGAAAUCAAAUUUUGCUAAGGGUACAAAAUUUUACUUAUUUUUAAAGUUUAUUGUAGAGCGGAAGUAAUUGUUAAAAUGUUUAUACAAUUUUCCCCUUUAAAAGUUGAAGAAAAAUAAUUUUCUGAAAUAAAAUAUGCCUGAAAAUAAAGUUCUUUUAAAUAUUUCAUUUGAAUAUAAGGCCUUUCGAGUCAUCAUUUCAUUUGAAUAUAAGGCCUUUCGAGUCAUCCUGAUCAAACAUAUUGUUAAUGCAGGAAAAAUAACAAGUUAGAAAAUUUUAAAACUGUCUUAUUAGAAUUCUUUUAAAAGAAAUUUUAAACUUUGAAUCAUAGUUUUUUCCAUUAAAUCAAAAAUUUAACAGCUUUUAGAUGAACUGUCACAAUCGAGACUUUCUUCUGGGGUCAAUCGCAAUCUGAAUGCAGUUGCAACAAAACUCUAUGACAAAAAUGGUGUUGAGAUUAAAGAUGUCAGUACCCUUCAACAAGAUCAGUCAGUAUGGUUGUCAUUUGGUGAACCCUAUAUCUCCCCAUUUAGUGAGUUUGUAACAUUAUCUCCUUAAAAGUUUUUAUGCAGUCAAAUUUUUUGUGUGCAUUUUUUUUAACAGGCCAAAGAGUUAAACUUUGCUUUCACUCAACUGUUAACAAAUAUACAAAUAAAUGUAAAAAAUAUGAUUUUUAUAACAAUUUCAGUAAAGAGGUUUUUUUAUCUUUCAAUGAUAAAAUAAAUUGUAUUGAAAAUUUUUAUGACAGUAAUAAUUGGGGAGACAUAAAGGAAUACACUGCUUCAAAUAGGACAAGGGAGCACCAUUAAAAAAAAAAAGUUUUGUCUAAAAAAAAAACUUGGGAUGCAUUCCUUUGUUUCUUCACUCAGUUUCACAAGAUUUUUUCCAUAUAUCAGCCAAUGGCAUAAAUGACAAACAAAAUUGUCAAUAAUAAAUCAAAGAUAAUAUUUUAAAAUGGAUUCAUUUUUAUUCUAAUUAGCAAUACAAAUUAAUAUUAAUUGCUUCUAUUUGUUUCUUUUGCAGUCUUCUCUUUACAUCUAUUUUUGGAUAAAGCAACCCGUAUAACAGAUUCUAAGAAAGAAUACAGAAUAGUAAGGGAGGCAAUUGUUAGUACAGAUGAGGAACUAGUAAAGGAGUAAGCAUAAUAUCCAAAGCAAAUGGCUUUUUAUUAGUUUUCUCUGGUACAAAAAUUUUUAUAAACUUUGUGGAGGAAUAAAAAUGAACAAGUCGAAAAUAUCUCUUUCAUUUAAAUUAUGCAUUUGAAACAAUAAGGACUAAACAAUGUAUCUAUUGUUAUUUGAAAAUUGAACAAAUUAAUUAAUUUAUUUCAUAAUUUUCAUGAUGCAAAAUCUAUACAAGAUUAAAAGAUUUUGUUUUACGUUCUGACAGUACCAGCAAGUGGGAAGCUUGUGCUGGAUUCCCUGACUCUUAUGAAAGCAAGGAGGCUGAAAUUUAUGAUGAUAGUAAAGUGGAGUAUCUGCUUCAAGGUGGUGAGGUUGAUAUCAAGGCCCAUUUCUUGUUGCUUAAAGUAGGUUUAUUUCUCAGUUUGUUGAUAAUUAAUUUUUUUAAAAUUCUGAGUAUAAAAAGACUUAGCAUUUAUUUUUUGCUUUAUUUUCCUUUACAUCCUGCAUCUGAUUUAGCAUGUUUCAGUUUUAUAUAAUGUACAAUAUGUUCAUUAGUCCAACGAAAAAUAAUCAUUAUACUCCAAAAUACCAUCAAAGAUUCUAAAAGUUGGUGCAGCAAUUCCUACCAUGGAGGAAAACUUACCAUUAAAAAUUUCUCAACUUUUGUUAGUUAUUACAAACAUAGAUGAUAAAACAAAUAAAAAAAUGCUUGAAGGGCUGUUCAUUUCAUUUAUACAUGAAAACAAGACACCCAGGAAGUUAACUCAUUACAACUUUUAAUGAGUGAUAUCAAUAUAUUUUGGUUGAUUUUGGGGAAGCCUUAUGUGUCUACUAUGCAUAAUUCUACUGAGCUGAAAAUUUAGUGCACAUUGUAAACCAAAGGGUUGAUUCUAGCUUUACCAAUCUGUGUGAGGAAAUUUUGAAUCUGGAGCAAAAAUAAAAUAUGAAAUACAUUUGUUUAAAUAGAGUGAAAUGAACAAAAUUGCAGCCAUGUGUAGACACCUAUUUCCUAGUUUAAUCCAGUUUUUAUCUUUGUCAAUAUUGAUCAAGUAGUAAGUGCUCAUCUCCUCCUAGCACCAUGAUUCUUGUCUGCUUUCAGUAUCUGAUAUUAAAACUUUUCCCCAUCUUCUCUUAGUGCUUAUGUCCCUCUAGCACCAUGAUUCUUGUCUGCUUUCAGUAUCUGAUAUUAAAACUUUUCCCCAUCUUCUCUUAGUGCUCAUGUCCUCCUAGCACCAUGAUUCUUGUCUGCUUUCAGUAUCUGAUAUUAAAACUUUUCCCCAUCUUCUCUUAGUGCUCAUGUCCCUCUAGCACCAUGAUUCUUGUCUGCUUUCAGUAUCUGAUAUUAAAACUUUUCCCCAUCUUCUCUUAGUGCUUAUGUCCCUCUAGCACCAUGAUUCUUGUCUGCUUUCAGUAUCUGAUAUUAAAACUUUUCCCCAUCUUCUCUUAGUGCUCAUGUCCUCCUAGCACCAUGAUUCUUGUCUGCUUUCAGUAUCUGAUAUUAAAACUUUUCCCCAUCUUCUCUUAGUGCUCAUGUCCCUCUAGCACCAUGAUUCUUGUCUGCUUUCAGUAUCUGAUAUUAAAACUUUUCCCCAUCUUCUCUUAGUGCUCAUGUCCCUCUAGCACCACGAUUCUUAUCUGCUUUCAGUAUCUGAUAUUAAAACUUUUCCCCAUCUUCUCUUAGUGCUCAUGUCCCUCUAGCAUCACGAUUCUUGUCUGCUUUCAGUAUCUGAUACUAACAUUUUUCCCCAUCUUCUCUUAGUGCUCAUGUCCCUCUAGCACUAUGAUUCUUGUCUGCUUUCAGUAUCUGAUAUUAAAACUAUUCCCCAUCUUCUCUUAGUGCUCAUGUCCUCCUAGCACUAUGAUUCUUGUCUGCUUUCAUAUUAAGCUUUCACUAAUCUUUUCUUUGUUACUGCUCCCAAACUAGGACAAGCACGAUAAAGUCUUGUACCCAGAGAUUGGUGUGUCAGAAAAAACUCAAACAAAAAACCAAAUUUUCGUCCACACCAAGGUAACGUAAUUUUUUGAAACUAUAAAACUGUUGAGAGGAAUGUAUACACUCAGGAGUCAUGAGAGGCAGAUAUAAGGUAUAUAGGGGGCAGUUUAAGAAGAGGGAUUCUAAUGGACAGUUUAACCACUUCUUUGAAUUAAAUGAAAAAAAGGUCACUUUGAAUAGAUUGAUGAGCUUUGAAUAGAUCGAUGAGCUUUGAAUAGAUUGAUGAACUUUGAAUAGAAUGAUGAGCUUCAUUUUGAUCAAUAUCGAACUGCCAAACUGCUUGUAAGAUGUAAACUAAUGUUCUGCUCUUAAAUCACAGUUUGAAAAAAUAAAGUAUGGAAUGUACAAAUUGAAAAAUAAAGUAUGUAAUGUACAAAUUGAAAAAAAUAAAGUAUGGAAUGUACAAAUGGAAAAAAUAAAGUAUGAAAUAUACAAAUUGAAAAAAUAAAGUAUGGAACAUACAAAUUGAAAAAAAUAAAGUAUGAAAUGUACAAAUUGAAAAAAUAAAGUAUGGAAUGCACAAAUUGAAAAAAAUAAAGUAUGAAAUGUACAAAUUGAAAAAUAAAGUAUGGAACGCACAAAUUGAAAAAAAUAAAGUAUGAAAUGUACAAAUUGAAAAAAUAAAGUAUGGAACAUACAAAUUGAAAAAAAUAAAGUAUGAAAUGUACACAUUGAAAAAAUAAAGUAUGGAAUGCACAAAUUGAAAAAAAUAAAGUAUGAAAUGUACAAAUUGAAAAAAUUAAUUAUGGAAUGUACACAUUGAAAAAAUAUAAUAUAGAAUGUACAAAUGGAAAAAUAAAGCAUGGCUUGUACAAAUUGAAAAAAAAAGCCAAAAUAAUGUAGAAAUUAUGAAAAAAUAAAAGAACUUGACAUGUGCACAACUUUUUUUAUUGGGUUUAAAAAUAUUUUUUAAAAACCCUUUUGAAGGCCUAUUAAUUUUAUUCAGAAUUUAAAAAUAUUUUUCAGAACGGCUACAUAUAUUGCAAAGCUGCCCCCCAGUUGUGUCUAACUGUUUCAGACAAUAGAGCAGAAGUGCAUCUCCUCAACAGUGACUCCCCAAUAGAUGGUUAUGUUGUCUGCAUGCAGAAAAAAGUGACUGGCAACCCUGCCCAGGUUUGGCAUUGUUUGCAAGAUGCAACAAUCUCCUCACAGGUAAAUAAUGAUAGGGGGGGAAAAAGGACUUUUUUAAAAUUUACUGAAACAAGGAUUAUUAAAAAAUAAGAUAAUAUUUACUCACCAAAUUAUUAUGUGUAAAAUGGUAUUGAUUCCCCACAGCUUUAUCCAGAACUUUUGUUGGCCUAAAGGUAUUGCUUCCCCGCAGCUUUAUCCAGAACUUUUGUUAACCUAAAGGUAUUUCUCUCCCGCAGCUUUAUCCAGGACUUUUGUUAACCUACCUGGGCUAUAAACGCUGGGAUCCUACAGAGGGGGGUGAACAACAACAGACAAAUGUUAAAAAUGGAUGUGUCAUCUCCAUGAUUGUAACUGACCGGCUUCCAAAGAAACACUUGGGAGCUCAGAGGUACCCUGGGAAAAAUUAGAGAGGGCAAAUGUAACUUUUCUGAACACAAACUCCACUAAAAAACUAAUUUUAUAUGAAAGUAAAAUAUUUUUGUAUAAAACUUUUUUUGUUAGUACCUUUUAUAUAAAAGUAAAAUAUAUUUUUAUGUUAAUAUGAUGCCUUCCUUGCAUCUUUAUUGAAUAAACCAGAUUUGCUUUUAAACAAGAACGAUUUGACAAUUUGGGACAGUGGAAAUAUACAGCUACAACCAACCCAGAAUGGAACAAACUGGCAUAUUCUUGGCCUGUCCUGGCCAAUGGUGAACUGAAUGAGGUGAGCCUUGUAACAAUUUAUCUUUUUUUCUUAGUUUAUGGUAGUGAGUUUGUGACUUUGUGUCAUCUCAUUAUUUUUAACUAUUUUAGAAGGAUUCUGAUAAAAUAAAUACUAUACAACCAUUUAUAAAUUGACUCUUUCUGUCAACAAUGUUACACUUUGAUAUACACAUGUUUUGUUGUUAUUUUGGUACAAUAACUUAAUAAUAGAAGAUAAUAAUACAUUUUCUAAUGGCACUGAUAAGAGUAAAAUAUUUUCUAUAUAAAUAAGAAUUAAUGAAAUAUACUUGAAUAAAAAUAUUUUGGUUCUAGUUGAUUAAAUAUGCUAAACUAUGAAAUUAAUAUCUCAUAGUUCUCUUAAAAAGUUAAAGUAAAUUUUGAGCAUUUUCAAAUAAAUUUCUUUUAUUCUCUUAAAAAAUAUUUACAUCUUUAAAAUUAAAAUGAUCAGAAAUAUGACUGGCCCAUGGAAGGAUUUAUCAUCCCCAAUGUGCCUCCAAUACGCAAAUCUGACAAGAAAUUGGAAUUAUCAGGAGGUACUUACAAUCUUAAAAUGAGUACAACUAGUCAUUAACCUACACAAACCAUGAUCUGAUCCAAAUGAACAGCUGGAAGUUGAUUAUUCAUAUAUUUAACUAUAUUUUAGUUGAUACAUUUUGGCAAUUUUUAGUUUUCUCUGGACUAUCCUCUAUGUACAUUUUUUUGCUGCAUGUAACAAAAAGUUUAAAUUUCAUUGUAAAACUUGAAACAUCAAUCAUGAGUGUCAAGGCUAACCACGAAGGCUAAUUUUUUUUCUUCAAAAUCUAGCUUUGUUUAAUAUAUUGAUAUCCUUAUAGCAACACCAGCCAGAUUAAAGGUGCUGAAGAAUGGAGACAGGAAGUUUGAGAGUGCUGUGAGCGUUGUUGGACCAAACAUGACCAACGUAAGCCGACAUCUUUAUAGCUUUUCAUGCGUACAGGUUACACGACUUUGUAUGGUUAUGACAAAAACUAUACUCUAUGAGAAUCUUAUAUUUAUUAUUAACUUUAUGAUAGUUUAGAAAUUAAUCUGAAGUAGAAAUUAUUGUAGUAUGUUGUUUAUAAACUCCAAAAUAUUUUUUUAGUCUGUGUUUUCUGACAUUUUAGUCAUUGUUUUGGUAUAAAUACCUUUGUGUAACUGGAAACAAAUAAAGUUGGAAGACAGCAGCCAACUUGGCAUGAGACUAAAUAUCAGCCAUUUAUGGCUUAAAAAUCAGUAAUCUUAUCAGAUAAAUAAUCUGCUGGAAAGAAAUCCAAGCUUUAAAAACAAAAACAAAUCUGUGAUGUAAUAUUUUGAGUAAAUAUACUAAUCUCAUGAAACAGUUAAAAAUUACUCUCUCCAUAUUUUUUAUUCCAGCUGGUGAAAGACCAUUCUAAAAAGGAUCAUAAACACAAAAUGAAAGUUAGCAAAAACCAGCACAUUAUGAUCACAGAAGAACUGGACUUGGAGCUUCACUGUAUGAACAUGACAAUAUAUGAGGUGGAGUUCCUCAUGGUUAGUAAAUUUGUUGCAUAAACAGUGGGGGUAUUUACUGAGUUAACUCAGUUUAAAUAGGCCAUCUUGAUAUCUCAAUCUGUUGAAAAAUCAGUCACUGACACUUUUAGCUACCUUUCAUCUGUUUUUCUUUACAAAAAAAAAAGCAUAAGAAAUUGUUGGUAACAAGGAAACUUUUAAAUCAAUGUUUGAACAAACCGCACAAUAUAAUGAAUGGAAAUGUCAUAAUUAGGAUAAAUGAUCAUGGCCAAAAUUCUAAUAACAUAUAUUAAAUUUUAGUCUGAAGCAGACAUCUCAGGGUAACCCAUAAAAAAACAUACAAAUAUGCAGUAUUUAAAUUUUUAUGGUUGUCAUCAUCAUGUUUUAGAACAUUCAUUUAUAAUUUAUAAAAAUAAUUUUUUUUAAAAAUUGGAAGUUAACUAUUUAAAAUUGUAAAAAAAUUGUGUUGGACCCCUUUAUGUUUUAUAUCAUGAAUGAGCUUUUUUCUUAGAAAAUAGGAGAGAUGCUUUAUUAGGAACAGUGGAAUGUGUCACAAAUUAAAUCAAUUCUUUCCAUUCAGUUCCUGGCCUACUGCACUAGUCUUUUGGACCUCCCUUUUGCUGCCAGAAGACUGUUUGAUUACAAUGGGAAGGAACUAUUCAACAUCCAGAACCUUGAGAGAGAUUCUCUGGUCUAUGUCUCCUGCGGGGAGGAGUGGUCAGACCCCAAGCUUUCCAAGAAAGAGCAGAAAAGGCGUUUCUUGUUGUCUCAGUUAUCCUCAGAUAUUGUCAAAAUUCAGCAGUAUUGUUCUAUGAGGAACCCUGAGCGUAAGUUAUUUGCUUUAUUGUUGGGAAAACAUGAGGUAGAUGGUAAAUGUAAUCUUUUUUUUUGAAAUGGAAACAGUAGGUAGAUGGUAAAUGUUUUCUUGUUUUGAAAUGGAAACAGUAGGUAGAUGGUUAAUGUAAUCUUUUUUUUUGAAAUGGAAACAAGAGGUAGACGGUAAAUGUAAUCUUUUCUUGAAAUGGUAACAGUAACCAAUGAUAGAAAUAUUUUUACAGACAGAAAUUUUUUUGUAUUUAACUAUGUUUACAUAAUUAUUAUAUUUAAAUUGAAAGGAAUUUUUUUUUAAAGAACAAGCCCAAAUCAAAUAAAACAGCUGUGAAAAUAUUGUAAAUAGAAAAAAAAAUGGAAACAUUUGUCUCAUAUUAUUUUUUGAAGCAUAUUUAUUUAAAAGUGUUUGAAAAACUAUACUUGUGCAUAAUAAUUGUGUCAUUAAGUUGUCUUUAUAUGUCUCUCUGAUGUAUAUUCUUUAGUUUGUAAGUUAAUACAUGUCAUCAGCAGCGUAGGAAGGGAGGUGCAGAGGGGGCAGUUCUUUUUGUUCUUAUAUUUAGGUGCCACAUUUUCAGCCAACUGUAGAGGUUUUUUUCGUGCAGCAAAAAUCUUGAUCGCCCUGGGUGGCACUAACCCUAGCUACAGCACUACAUUCAUUUAUAUGUUAAUUUUGUAGACAAAUUUUUCUAUAUUUGGUGUUGACAACUGUCAUUAACCCUUGGAUUUGAUUUUACACAGACUAUGUUCUUGAAAUAAAUGGAUCUCUGACAAUAGCCACGGGGCUGGUGGUCAACAAACAAUGGACUCAUGAGGUUGAAGGUCAAGGUGAACAAGGGGAUUCAAAGCUGCGUAAAAGCAGUGACAUUGUCAAAGAAAGUUUCGAUGAAGACCAAGAAAAUGAAGAAUCUGACCAGGAGCCAAGAGAACUGUAAGUAAAUGGUUACAUCAGGGGUUCUCAACCAGGAGGUGCAGGAAGACCUAGAAGAAUAGGGUGAUUUUCAUUUAUAUUAGCAUUUUUUUGUUGUAGGGUGGGGUGCAGAAAAUAUGUUUUGAACUCAAGAUGGAAGUAGGGGAAAUUUUAGGAAAUCUGUACAGGGUGAGACUCUAUAAAAAGGUUUAAAACUCCUGGGUUACAUACAUUGGGGUAUUUUUUAAUGACUGACUGUAUUUUGUUAUUUAUCUUUAAACCUUGCCCCAUAUUUAUAUAAAGAAUUUGUUUGAUGACGAUUUAAAUAUUUAAGAAUCAUUUUUAUUAAUAGACGAAGAAAUUAAUAUAGAUAAUUGUACAAGCCUGUUUGUUGAUAUGCUGACUCCUAUUGUUUUGGUUGGGAAAAAACCUGAUGUGUAUAACCUGAUCAUAAGCUGACCCCAUGAUAUAAUAAGCCAAUGUAAAUGAUGCAUUAACUAAGAAUAUCUUGAUUGAGAUGCAAAGGGAGAGCAUUACUUAUGCUGUAAUCGACUUUCAUUAUCUACUUAUCAUUACAUUAGGAGAAUAGUGGCGCCAUCUACUUCCAGUAACUUUAUUUUAUUAAUAUUAGAGGAUUAUGAUAACAUAUUUGAAUCUUAUGGAGUGUACUGUAGGAUCUGGUCAAUUUUAAUGAUAAUUAUGUUAUUCGGUCUACCAGGAGAGUUAUUAAAAUCUCUUAAGAUCCACUCAUAAGCGACCACAUCAAUUUUCCCCUGAAAUAUUUUGAUUAAAAUUCAAUUUUAGAACAUAGUAUAUAUGCAGUGGCUUACCUAGGGUUAGAGCCACCCGUGGCAGGUCAAGAUUUUUGCUGCCCCUUUUCACGAAAAAAACUCUGCAGCUGACCAGAAAUUCCGCCCCUUCAUAUAAAGGGUAAAAAAUGUUUCCCCCCUCUGCACCCCUUUUCCUACACCUCUGUAUCUAUGGUAAUCAUUUAUUUAAGUUGCCCUGAGAUGUACAUGGAUUAUUUUCAAAAAUUCCAUUGAUGUUAGGUGUGAGUAAACUCUAUCUUGUCUCUAUCUGUACCUUCAGCACAUACCAUGAGUUGUCUCAUAUGAAGUCAGAUGACUAUGCCAACACCUUAAAGUGGCCUUGGGAGAGACUGGUCAAUGUCAACAACAGUAUGGAUACAGAUGACCCAGAGGCCAAUAAGUACACUGACCGAGACCUGUAUGAAAAAUUUAAGUGAGAAUUUUUCAUUUUAUUUGUAAAAGUUUGAAAAUAUAAGGAUUGCCAAUAUCAUGAUUUGAGGAGCAAAAUAAUUUUUGUUUAGUAGUCAUGAUUUCAAAAAAUUGUUUAAGGCAACGGAUCAUUUAAGAAAAUUAAAUUUAUUACAAUGUGCUUGUCUAAAGGCUGGGACACCAUGGAGACAACAUUUAUCUCUGGAGGUAGAUAAAAGCUAAAGAUAAAUAAAUAUGCAUAUAAAGUUGUUAAAUAAAAAUGUAUGGCAUUUUUUAAUAUGAAAAUUACGAAGGCGUCUUUGAGAUAUCCCAUUUCUAAUUUGUCAGUAAACAAUUAAUAUAUCAGAUAUAAGACAUAAACCAGAAAGAAAAGUAAAUAAUAAAAAUAGAUAAAGAGAGGAAUCUUGUCACUGUCAAUUGAAUCUUGUCACUGUCAAUUGAAUCUUCUCACCGUCAGUUGAAUCUCAUCACUGUCAAUUGAAUCUUGUCACUGUCAAAUUCAGAAUGAAGUACUUAAAAUGAAAAUAGAAAAUCAAAUGUUUUCUCUAAUAAAAAUAUUUAUCUGUCUCUGAUAAAGACAUUUAUUUGUCUCUGAUGAAGACAUCUAUCUGUUUCUAAUUAACUAAGACAUUUAUCAGUAUCUAAUGAAGACAUUUAGUCCCAUCCUUUAUCAACCAAAUGAUCAAGCUCUGACUAUGGAUAUGUCUUGUUUAUCAUCAGACCACAAACAACAGCUCGGCUUUCAAGGGAAACACUCCAAAAGUUUGAGUAUGAAGACGGCUACAUUUCAGUCUCAAGCAACAGGUCACUUGUUUUGUCUGUCAGUGAGACAGAAGGUCGGGUCGUCAACGUGAUCUUGUCCAAAAGGCAACCUGAUAACAUCAAUCAAAGAUGGGUCAUCAAAGAAAAUGGGUAAUUUUGGAUUUUGACAUUUUUAUUGGUACAUUCGUAUUUUGAUGAAAUGUCCACUAAGACAUAAUUAAUGAAUUGUCCACUAAAUGAGACAUAAUUCAUGAAUUGUCCACUAAUUGAGACAUAAUUCAUGAAUUGUCCACUUAGUGAGACAUAAUUCAGCAUACAUUGUUAUUUUAUUUUUAGUGGGCUAGAAACCGCGACUCAGUGUGACUAGUAGAAGUUUUUAGCUUGAAGUAUAAGCUAACACCAUAGGUCAUCUGUUGGGGAUUCAGUGUGGCUAUUAGAAGUUUUUAGUUUGAAGUAUAAGCUAAAACCAUAGGCCAUCUGUUGAAUGUUAGGUCUUAAAGGGGUUGUAGAGUCUAUCCCUUGUCUGUUAAAAUUUUUUCUGACAUGCAAAUAUCUAACUUAAAAACAGGUACCAAUUUGCAAUGUUCUAUUCUUGAUAUGAUCAAUAGUGAAAUCAGGGCCCGCCACAACCAACAUCUGGUACUUACUGUGUCUAUGCCCCCGACCUCAUCGGGUGAACGUCCCAGCCAGUCCUUUGAUGGCUGCCCCAUCACUCUGCAGCCCAGGUGCACAAACAUGUUUGGCAAGGCUCAUCAAAAAUGGAGAUAUGACCCAGAAUCUGGAAAUAUAUUUGCUUUCUAUACUGAUCAGCCUGACAAAGGUAAAUUGUAUGUUAAUUGUGCGAAGGGGGGCUUGUUAUAGAGAACUUUAUUGUUACAGUGGCAUUAAAUGUGUGUCGAAAAGUUAAUUAGGAUUUAAUUAUUAUAUGUCUAUAUAUAUUUUUUAGAAUUAGCUGUCAACUAUAGAAUUAUGUCAUGUGUAAUUAUAGAUAUGACAGAGAAAUCUUGACUCAUCUUCAUGGAGGUAAUGGUUAUCAAAUUGGUUGAAUAAAUGAACCAGCCGAGAUAAUGUCAUGUAAAAGAAUUUAUUUAAAGGAUUUAUUUAUUAUCCACAUAUGUGUGAGCGUGUUAUCUUAGUGAAUAUAUGAUGUGGAUUAUUUCUUUAUUUAUACGAGUAUGGUUUUAUUUGUGUUACAUGAUUAAUUUGUGUAAUUUAUGUAUGCACAUUGUAUACAAAAGCAAAUUUACAGCAGUGAAUAAUAAAUGUUGCUUCAAAAUUGACAGAAAUCACAGCAGCUAACAGAGCAGAUGUGUGCACAUAUGCCAUUGUACAGGGCACUGACAUAGACCAACCCGUAAGUACCGGGCACGUCAAGUGAGAUUAUUUCAUGUAUGCCAUCUUUAAUGCUUCGCAUUAAUUUAUAUGCAAUAGAAACUCAUCUAUACAACCAUCAGUAUUAUUAGUAAUUUUUAUUUUUUUGCUUUUCCUUAUACAGAUUUAAAUAAUUAUUGGACACAGGGAACAAUGGCAAUUUAGAAGAAAAAAAAGAUUUGACAAUAGAAAAUAGGCAAUUUGGAGCUUAAUCUUUUAAUAAAUCGCUUUUUUAAACUGUCACCCGUGUCUUUAUUGAUUCUAGGGUUACAUCGUUGAAAUGCCCAGCAAGAGAGGGGAGGGAAACAAACAACUUAAAGUCUGCACAUCCUGUGCCCGUGCCAUGAGGGGGCGCUAUAAAGUUCAGAGGCUGCAAUCAAACACCAGCUUUCACUGCGCUAUGGGAGAUGGUGGGUUUAAAGGCUAAUAGAAAUUAUAUUUCUUAAUCAGUUUUUUUUAAUUGUUAUGCUUUUUUAUUUUUAAAAAUAUUCUUAACAUUAAUAAGUUUUCAGUAAUUAGGGCCUAAAUAACUUUUUAUUCUGUCAGCCUACAUCUGAAAUAUAGGAUUAUUGAACAGAUCCUUAACCCUUUUACGACCAAGUUAUAGCUUUUUAAUACACUAAUUUUGUUGAGUAAUUGCUGGAAGCUUGGGACAGCUGGCUCUAAAAUACUAAGUCACAAUAACAGACAACUGGUGUCUGAUUAACAUUCGUUUGUUUUUUCCAGCAAAUAAAUUGAACAUUCGUCAAAUUGGAAGUUUUAAAGUUCUGAAUAAUAAAGUUGACCUUUCAACACAUGAGGCUGACCUGACUUUGGCUCAAUGGCAGAAAAGAUUUGAUGAACUCAAGCUUCAGACUAACGUUCACUCCAUUGAGAAGGAAAUAAAUGGAGCCAAGAAAGUCCGCACUGUCAAGGUUAUGGCCUAUAAAAAUGGUGAAGGUCGCCUGAGGAAAGGGGAAAUAAUUUGUGGGUCAAGUAUUAAAGGGGUGAGUUACUACCCUUAGACUGUCAUUUGAACAUAUAAAUAUUAAGUUUUCUAACAUUAUGAUAGAACAGUGAUUUAUAAAAAAAAAUAUCUGUUUCAUUGUUUUUCUAAAAUAAAUCUCAGUGGGGAAAUCUUAUAAUUAAUCAUACAAUUUUUUAAUGUUAAGUUUCCUAAUGUUUGAACAAAUCAGAUCCUCUGUCAAUGUACGCACCGACUGGGCCUCACCAACGCUGCUCGUAGGAUGUACCUGGAAGAUGGGGCCAUCGUCCUAGAUGUUGAAGAUCUGAUAAGUUAUGCGGAGGAGAAUUACAGGUCAGAGAUGAUCAACAUUGUCCAGGCCAAGAGAAGUGAGGAGCAGAGUCAGGAGGGUAGGUCAUGUUUUAAGGUUAGAGCUAAACUCUAGGUCGCAGGUCACUGUGGAGGAGAAGUUCUGGCAAUAAAUAGGUUCACAGCUCACCGGCAAUAAGAUUAUAUUCAGUCAUUUUUUAUUUUACCCAUUACAAUAUGAAAUUGUGUUUAGAAAACAUGACCUACUCCAUAGGGACCUAAUAUGACAUUGUGUUGAGACACUAUGGCCUACUCUAUAGGGUCCUAAUAUGACAAUGUGUUGAGACGCUAUGGCCUACUCUAUAGGGUCCUAAUAUGAAAAUGUAAUUAGAAACAUUGGCCUGCUCUAAGGUGUCCCUUCUCUGAUGCACUAAACUAGUCCAAGUGUAAUCUGGUACAGUUAGAUCAUGUUUGAGACUGCACUAAACUAGUCCAAGUGUAAUCUGGUACAGUUAGAUCAUGUUUGAGACUGCACUAAACUAGUCCAAGUGUAAUCUGGUACAGUUAGAUCAUGUUUGAGACUGCACUAAACUAGUCCAAGUGUAAACUGGUGCAGUUAGAUCAUGUUUGAGACUGCACUAAACUAGUCCAAGUGUAAUCUGGUACAGUUAGAUCAUGUUUGAGACUGCACUAAACUAGUCCAAGUGUAAUCUGGUACAGUUAGAUCAUGUUUGAGACUGCACUAAACUAGUCCAAGUGUAAUCUGGUACAGUUAGAUCAUGUUUGAGACUGCACUAAACUAGUCCAAGUGUAAUCUGGUACAGUUAGAUCAUGUUUGAGACUGCACUAAACUAGUCCAAGUGUAAACUGGUACAGUUAGAUCAUGUUUUAGACUGCACUAAACUAGUCCAAGUGUAAACUGGUACAGUUAGAUCAUGUUUGAGACUGCACUAAACUAGUCCAAGUGUAAACUGGUGCAGUUAGAUCAUGUUUGAGACUGCACUAAACUAGUCCAAGUGUAAACUGGUGCAGUUAGAUCAUGUUUGAGACUGCACUAAACUAGUCCAAGUGUAAACUGGUGCAGUUAGAUUAUGUUUGAGACUGCACUAAACUAGUCCAAGUGUAAUCUGGUACAGUUAGAUCAUGUUUGAGACUGCACUAAACUAGUCCAAGUGUAAACUGGUACAGUUAGAUCAUGUUUGAGUGUUUUUGAAAGAUGUUAAUAUUCAGUUGGUCUUUACUGAAAGGUUUAUUGCCAGGGUUUUGAAUUUCCCUAGUCACUGACAGGGCAGUGAGUUUAUUUAUCCCACAAGGAGCACGUUUUAGAGCAACCAGGAUGACCCUAUGUAAUGACCGCAUGAUUCUACCAUUCUGACACAGCACUUCUAAACAUUAAAUAUAGAGAAUGGACGUUUCUAAUCUCACUAGAAACAUUUUGCGUAUCAAUCAAAGAUUCGAGGUUUAUUUUAUCUUUCCAGAGAAAAACAAAACACACAUUUCUUUCACCAUCAAAUUUUGUCCUUGAUGUAGAGUGAAAAUUAUAAAGGUGAUGAAAUAAUUUUAAAACAAAUUAAAAUUGGCAAGUCAGCAUAAACAUUGGUUUCUUCAGAUAAAAAUAAAAUGAAAGAAGAUCCUGAGAAGGAAGAUGAGUCGCUACAAGUCCAACGUCUGCACAGUGCGGCAAGUUACGAGGUCAGUCAACAGGUGCAGAGGUCACUGGACAAACUCAGGCAGCUAGAAAGCCUGGCAGAAGAGGAGAGAGAUGAAAGCUUGGGACAGCAAGAAGAGGAAUCUCAACAGAAAGGUUGGAAUAGAAAAUGUGUGAGAAUGGUGGUAGUGGGGUGAGGGGUGGGGUGGUGGUUUGUGUUGUAGGAGAGAAAAAUCUGAUAGGUGGAUGAAUGAAAUCUCAAAAUAAAAGUGGGAAGAACUUGUUAAAGAUUUACUAAUGAAGCUUAUGGCAAUACUAUAGAACGUUCUACAACUUCUUAGUUACAAUUUCUCUGAUAUGAUUGUGGGGCACCAUGAUAUGAUUGUGGGACACCAUGAUAUGAUUGUGGGACACCAUGAUAUGAUUGUGGGACACCAUGAUAUGAUUGUGGGACACCAUGAUAUGAUUGUGGGACACCAUGAUAUGAUUGUGGGACACCAUGAUAUGAUUGUGGGACACCAUGAUAUGAUUGUGGGACACCAUGAUAUGAUUGUGGGACACCAUGAUAUGAUUGUGGGACACCAUGAUAUGAUUGUGGGACACCAUGAGAUGAUUGUGGGACACCAUCAUAUGAUUGUGGGACACCAUCAUAAGAUUGUGGGACACCAUCAUAUGAUUGGGGACAUAAAUAUAUAAUAGGAGGCAACAUUAGAGGCAAGGUUGCCAACUUUAGAAAUGAAAAUUUACGGACAAAUAUUUUAAAGCUUCAAAUUUUUGCGGACAAACAUUUUUUUAUGGACACAUUUUAAAAACCUCAGGAGCAAUUAGGUUUUUUUUUUAGGGACAGGACAUUGUGUUUUAAAAAAUUUACAGUCAGUAAAUUUAUGGUCGGCUGGCAACCCUGAUUAGUGCUUAUAGGAGCAUCAUUUAGCCUAGGAGCUCACUGAUGUAAAAGCAGAUGUUAACAAUUUGUUUUCAUAUUUCUAUGUUUAUUUUCAUCUUUCUCCAGACCUUGAUAAUGAAGAGGCUCAGAAAAUCAAACGGGAACGUGAUGAAUUGUUGAAAAAUAUGAAGCUGCCUCCCCUGGAUGUCAUUCUGAGAGCCCCCAUCGAAGUCUGGGUAUCAAGCGGGAAGCCAUUUGUUUCUCCUGAAGGUAAACUUUAACUUGUAAGGACAGACAACCUGUGGCUGAAACAGUCAUAACUGUCAGUAGAAAAAAAAAACAGCCAUAAGUAGAGUAAUAUUGUUUUUAAAAAUUCAGAAACAUAAUUUAUUGUAUACAAGUAGAUGAAAUACUGGUGGAUGCUGCUAUACAAGUAGAUGGAAUACUGCUGGAUGCUGCUAUACAAGUAGAUGAAAUACUGCUGGAUGCUGCUAUACAAGUAGAUGAAAUACUACUGGAUGCUUCAGUGUUCUGUGUAGUUUCAAGCUUUCCAUUCCCGCUCUCUCACCCAUUCCCUCCCCUACCCUCUCUACUCCCCAUUGUCUGUGCUAACCCCACUUUACCACCACCCAAUCCUAUGUUUUUCCACCAUAACCCCUUACACUGGCUUUAUGUAAGAGCAAUGUACUUCUUGUGUGUAAGUAAUUUUUAAUACUUUCAUUUUGCAAUGCUCAACGUGAAUCUUACAUAGAAAGGGAAAAAGCACAGUUUCAUUGAGUAAAUCAAACAAAUACAAUUUUUUUGCAGGUUCAGCUGUCAGAAGCUAUUUAUUUCUCUAACAUAUAUACCGUAGAGUUGUAAUUAUUUCUCUAACAUAUAUACCAUAGAAUUUAUUUAUUUUGUUUGCAGUUGUUGAAUCUAAGGAAGAGAACAGAAGGAAAAAAAGGAAUUUCCGUGCUCAGGUCUGCCUAGCUUUGGAUAUUGAGAAACAUGUUCUACGCCUGAUGAAAGGAAGACGACUGGAACAGAUGGCACCAGGCACAUACAAAUCAACACUGAGCAGCAAACAGCCCGUUGUUAUUGAGAAACACUGGCAGGAGCCGACGGUAGAAGAGCAAGACAAACAUGACACAGUGCACAAGCUGCAGGUUAGUGGAUGUGGUAUUAAAUGAACAUUGGCCUCAGGUAAGCCACUGAGAAACACAAAAUUAAAACAAUUUAAUAAUCAUUAUAUUGAGAUAACAUAUUAUAAUUCAAAUGUGUCUAUUUGAUAGUUUAGAAAAUGUGUAGUUUCUGAUUGACAAACAAGUUCCAUUCCUAGAGGUCUGGUGAUUGAAAUUAUAUUUAAACACCUAAGGAUAUAUUUUUGAUUAGAGCUUCAGAGCUGUCGCGUGUGCCUCGGAUAUUUAAGGGGCCCAAAGUCGUGAUGUGGGGGGAAAAAAAACCGGUCAACCCUUAAUGCAAGGGGCCACAAAAUUCACAAGAGGGCGCCCUGGAUAUGACUUUUAAUAAAAAUAAGUUAGAGGUCCUUAUGACAUAUAACAUAUGAAGAUAAUUUUUUUCAGUUUUAUUGUAAAAAUGCAUAAUUCCUUUUUUAACAAUAUAAAUGUAAAAUCAAUUUCAAAACUAAUUUUAAAAAAAGCUAAGUUAUUGUACCAGUUAAUCUUAAGUCAUGUAAAGACUUAAAAAUAACUCCUGUUAAGUUAAAAAAAAAUUCUCUUUAUAAUAAAGUCACACCUAGGAGAAAUCCGUGCAAAUCAAAGUGAAAGCAUUUCCAGCCAUACUGGGAUCAAGUUGGACAGCAGAUUGUAUCAACAGCCAAAUAUGGUAACUAUUUGAAUUUAAAUUCAAAUGUUAGGAAAUAUCAACAGUUGAUGGACAUUUAAAAUUCUUAAAAUAAAGUAUUUUAAAGUAUUAUAAAGUAUCAAACAAGACAGAUCCACAGCUUGAGAGUCAAGUGUUACUGAUCCUGAUUGGCUGCCAUUAGACCAUGUGAUUAACCGCUAUACCCUGAAAGCUUAUUUUCAGUGAUACUUAUAAACAUGUUUAUAAUUACAUUUCAUGUUUAAAACUAAAGAAACUAGAAAUACAAAAUGUAAAAACCUGAUACUUUUAUUCUGACAGUCCAUCCAUAUUGGUCGAUUGUGAGUUAGUGAAUAAAGCCAAUUAGCAAUGAGCUGAUUUGAAUGAAAAUGAAGUGAUCAACAGUAGUCUGUGCAAAUUUAAUGUCAACUAGAAAAAUAUGUGAACACUAGUUAUUGACAUAUGUAAGAUGACACUAGUUAUUGACACAUGUAAGAUGACACUAGUUAUUGACACAUGUAAGAUGGCAUUAGUUAUUGACACAUGUAAGAUGGCAUUAGUCAUUGACACAUGUAAGAUGACACUAGUUAUUGACACAUGUAAGAUGACAUUAGUUAUUGACAUAUGUAAGAUGACACUAGUUAUUGACAUUGUUUCAGAAACGAGUUCGUGUGUAUCCCAAUGGCCAAUCCUUAGAGAGAGCUAUUUAUGUCUGGGGCGGCUCCAUGCAGGAGAUUUUAGAUUCUGCCACUGCAAAACUUUCCUUUUGGAAACAAGCGAAGAUUGUCUACAAUCAGAAUGGAGACAGGGUAUUUCUGUUUGGUCUUACAGACAUUAAAUAAUUAUUGUUUUGUUUUCAAAUUAAAUAGAGAGAGAUAAUUUAGGGAGUAAUUAAAGCGAUAGAUGAAACAGUUAUCAAUAAAAUGGAGAUUGAUACUCUAUAUUUGUUUUUUUUUGUAAAAUAUUUGCCCAAUUUUUAGUUUACUCUACAGUUUCAAGCAAAAUAAAGAUAGAUGAAUUUAAAAUGUACUUUCCGUUUGAUAGAUUAAGUUUUUACUCUAUCAUUAUGUGUCAUUACUGUUGUGGACAGAUCCUUAACUUUGAUGACAUUGAACGUGACCAGCUCCUGUGUGUCUCCAUGGGAAAGUCUUUUAUGCAGCCAACCAAUGAGAAGCUGAACAUUGAGAUCAAGGCCAGCUGGGGACGUGCACGUAAACAGUAUGGUUCUAUGGCCACUGAUGUAGUGGUUGAUGUACAGAAAAAUCCCAAGGUUGACGUAAGUUCAACCAGUCGCUUUUUGUACUAUUAAAAUCGAAAAGCUGUAAUUCUUGAAAUAUAAGACAUUAAAUUUUUACUUUUUGUUCAAAUGAGGUUAAAGAUACAUUUUACAGACUGAAAGAAAAUCCAUUUGUUUUGAGUUGUUAAACUUAAAAUGUAAUAAUUGCAUAAUUUUUAUAGUUCACAGGGAUAAUUAAUUAAAUUUUGUAAAGCUUAACAAACACUUUUUCCUAUUUUGCUAUAAUAUUUCACUAAAUUUUAAUAUCUCCACUUUCUCUUGGGCAGGUUGAUCCAUUUGGGCCACCACUUUUAGCACUGCCUAUUGGUCCAGCACCUCGCUCAGAGGAGCUGCAACAAAUAACCUCUACCACUGAAAAGCAACAAAUUAUCUCUACACCUGAACACUACAGAUUAUCCAGAGAAGUUGUUACAUCAGUUACCAUGGAGACGAGUACUAAAGAAAUAACACACAUUUCUAAGAAAUAAAAUAGAUCUGCAAUUAAAAUUUUUUUUUUAUACUCUCUAAACAACUUUUUGGGCAGAAAUUUGUCAAAUAAAGCUGUUGGUGGUGUCAUCUCAUGCAUGCAGACAUACUGCACGUACAUAUAAUUUAUUAUUUCAUAAUAUAAUUACCAUAUGCCUAUUGGACACAUUAAAAUAUUUUAGCCAUACUUUUAAUGUUUUUUAGACAACCUGUAUUACAAAUUCUACUCUUUAUUCAAAUUCCAUUAAAAAAAAAAACAACUCAAUUUUUUUAUACCCUUAUUUGUAAUUAUUUCUCAGGUCUUUUUCCUCUCCUUUUCUCUGAUUGAGUGUUUAUUUCACUUCCUCAAACUACAAUAAGAAGACAAGAUUUUGGUAAAAUAAGAAAUAUGUAAUGCAUUUAUAAGAUCUAUAUCAAAUUGUGUUAAACUCUCUUUUUAAAUUUUUUUUUUUUGGUCAAGGUUUAACUGCUGUAAGAUUGAUAUGUUUGAUUUUAAUUUUCAGUGAUACAAUGUUGUGUUUUUUCUGUGCUACAAUGCUGUUUUUUUUCAGUGCUACAAUGCUGUGUUUGUUCUGUGCUACAGUGCUGCGUUAAAUAUCACUAUAACUUUAUUGUGUACAAAUAAAUUAAGUGAAGACAUGACCAACAUUAAAUAUCUGUGAUAAAUGUUGUAAAGAUGUAUUUAUUCUGUCAUAUAUUUUUAUAGUUAAAUUAAUCCUAUUAAGUACACCCAGCUGGCCAAUGUUGUUACUGUUAUUAUAAUUUUUUAAACUUUACAUUUUUGUAUUGCGGAUUGUUUCAAUAAAUAGUGGAACAAGAUAUCUUUCAGUUGCUUAAUAAACUUGCUGCUAAUUUUUUUUUUAAAACACCCUAAAUAAUAUAAAUUAGCAUUAUUUUCCAUUUACUUGUGAGGAAAUGAAAUACUUUAAUACUUUUUAUUGUUUUGAAUUAUUAAUGUACAAAAUUAUUGUUGUAAAAAUGUCAAGGUUUUAUAUUAAUAUAUUAUACAUAUUUACAAAGCAAUAAAACUAUCUAUGUUCAAAAAUGUUAAACAAUUUUUAUAAAAUAAUUUCUUUUAUAAACUAGACAUUUCCAUAUAAUCUGUUACUUGCAAAACAAUUACUAAACUGUUAAAAGAAAAAAUUUAGUCAAAAUGUACUUCAUGUCUUUUAAAUCAUAAUUAAAUUAUGAUGUAGUUUUUGCUAAUUGAUUUCAAUUUUGUUACAUUUAUUAGCAUUUCUGAUUGUCCAUAAAAAUUUUGCACCGAUUGACCUGAUAAAUAA